AUGUGACUAUUAUCAGCAACCCUCAUAAUUAAUAAUAACCCAGGUUUAUGUAUGAAUGAAUUUGCAAAAUCAUAUUAUGGAUGAACUGGGUGCUGUUUUACGAUACACCUCGGAAAAACAUGCUAAAAAUAAGUUUGAUGAUGAAUCAGUCAAAACAGAAUCUUCGAUUGAACAGAUAAGGGUAGAAAAUGCAAUAUCAGUAAUAUUAGAGGAGUUUAACAGAGAUUUUGAAAUAGAUUCUGAUUUUCCAAUAUUGAGAAGAGAUGAUCACACCAUGUUUUUAUGGAAGGGAAUAAGACAUCUUGGCACAUCAUAUGAGUGUUUAGAUGCAAGUCGACCCUGGUUAUGUUAUUGGAUUCUACACAGUAUGGAAAUAUUAGAAGAAGCUAUUCCCACUGGUACAGCAUUAGAAAUUGCAAAAUUUUUGGGGAAAUGUCAGUGUCCAAAGGGAGGAUUUGGAGGUGGUCCCGGUCAAGCUGCUCACUUAGCUCCAACAUACGCUGCUGUAAAUGCUUUAUGUAUAUUAAGUCAAGUUACAGAAGAUGUCUUUAAUAUAUUGAAUAGAGAUACAUUAUACGACUAUCUAAUGAGAAUGAGAACAGAGGAAGGAUCAUUUAAAAUGCAUGAAGGUGGUGAGGUAGAUAUAAGAGGAACAUAUUGUGCUGCCAGUGUUGCUAAAUUAACAAAUCUAUGUACAGAAGAAUUAUUUAAAGACACACCUCAGUGGUUAGCCAGGUGCCAGACGUAUGAAGGUGGCUUUUCAGGUACUCCUGGGCUAGAAGCACAUGGUGGUUAUUCUUUCUGUGGUAUAGCAGCUUUAAUACUCAUAAAUGCAACAAAAUAUGCAGACAUCAAAUCCUUGCUGAGAUGGACUGUUAAUCGACAGAUGAAAUAUGAAGGUGGUUUUCAAGGAAGAACUAAUAAAUUAGUGGAUGGCUGUUAUUCAUUUUGGCAGGGUGGUGCUUUACCUUUAAUACAUAUGGUCUUAUGUGCAAAUGAGGAUCCUGCUGUCAGCGCCAAUUCCUGGUUGUUUGAUCAAAGAGCAUUACAAGAAUAUCUGUUAGUCUGUUGUCAACAUCCAAAUGGUGGAUUAAUAGAUAAACCAGGAAAGGCUAGAGAUUACUAUCAUACAUGUUAUUGUUUAAGUGGACUGUCUGUUGCACAACAUUUUGUCAGUGGUCAUCUUUAUGAAACUAAUGUAGUAGGAAGUCCUAAAAAUAAAGUUAGAAGUGUUCAUCCAGUAUUUAAUAUUGGUGUAAAUGCAGUUGUCAUCGCUCAAAGAUAUUUUAGUCACCAAAUUCCACUGAAUUCUUCUGAAAACAAUUCAACAGAACAAAAUUCAUCUUGAAUUUCCCCUAUUUCUCUUCUCUUCAUUGACAUUGUAAUGUUGGUCGUAUCAUGGCCUUGUGGUAAUACAUUCGUAUCUGUAUUUAAAAUAAUUCAUAAAAGA